GGGGAAGGUGACCCGGGAAGAUGGUGACCGUGAUGACGAAGCUGGUGCACUACCUGCAUCUGAGCCGUCGGUCUGGACAGUAUACAAUGAACCAUGACCAUUCCAAGAAGAUCCCCGAUGGAGCAUCAUUUGACCGCUCAGGGUCCCAGGACUCCUUGGAUGAGCUGUCUAUGGAUGACUACUGGAAGGAACUUGAAAACAUCCAUGAAACCAGAGGAAAUAAUCACGAGGAGCGAGUAGCACUUGUAGUGAAAGAGCCAGAUGAGGGAGAACUGGAAGAAGAGUGGCUGAAGGAGGCAGGUUUGUCAAAUCUGUUUGGAGAGAGCUCUGGCGACUCCCUGGAAAGCAUGGUGUUUCUAUCCACACUGACCCGAACCCAGAAGGCUGCAGUGGAAAAGCGAGUAGAGACUGUCACACAAACCAUGAGGAAAAAAAACAAACAGCACCAGAUUCCUGAUGUCAGAGAUAUCUUCAGGCUAGAAAAUGACUCAAAGGGAAAAGUCUGUGAUGGAAGUGAACCUUCAGCUGUGAGAACAAGUGAAAACAAAAAUGAAACACUUGAUGGAACAAAAGGUCCAAAGUUCAGUUUUGGAACAGAUGAGCAGAAGAGCCUGCUUGAAGACGUGCCAUCUUCAGACACUGACAUCAAUUUGGAGAUAUCAUUUGCAGAACAGGCAGCUAAUCUCAAAGACAGCUCAGUAGGCAAAAUGUACAAAGGUGGAGGGGGUGACACUCUUCUCCCGAAUUUCAGACUGCCGAAGGACAAAACAGGUACCACAAAGAUUGGUGACUUAGCCCCUCAGGACAUGAAGAAAGUCUAUUCUUUAGCACUGAUUGAAUUGACUGCUCUCUAUGACAUACUUGGGACAGAAUUCAAGCAGCAAAAAGCUGUAAAAAUCAAAACCAAAGACUCUGGCUUGUUUGGUGUCCCACUGUCACUUUUACUGGAACAGGAUCAGAAGAAGGUCCCAGGAACCAAGAUCCCACUGAUUUUUCAGAAGCUGAUUGCCCAGAUAGAAGAGACAACUCUGGAAACAGAGGGACUUCUUAGAAUACCUGGAGUUGCGACAAGAGUAAAGGGUCUUUGCCAAGAACUGGAAGCAAAAUUUUAUGAAGGGACUUUCAACUGGGAAAAUGUAAAGCAACAUGAUGCAGCAAGUCUUUUAAAACUCUUCAUCCGUGAACUGCCUCAGCCACUCCUCACUGUAGAAUAUCUCAAAGCUUUCCAAGAUGUGCAGAAUCUCCCAACAAGGAAACAACAACUGCAAGCUUUGAAUCUUUUGGUUAUCCUUCUACCUGAAGCAAACAGAGACACUCUGAAGGUACUGCUUGAAUUCCUCCAAAGGGUAAUUGAUCACCGAGACAAAAAUAAGAUGACGUUAAAGAAUGUUGCGAUGGUGAUGGCCCCAAACCUUUUCACAUUUCAUGGGCUUGGCUCAAAGACUAUUGAACAAAGCGAGUUUGCUAUGGCAGCUGGGACAGCAAAUGUCAUGCGCUUUAUGAUUCAGUACCAAAAACUUCUCUGGACAAUUCCGAAGUUUAUUGUUAACCAAGUGAGAAAACAAAACACUGAAAGCCAGAAGAAGGAGAAAAAGGACAAAGCUAUGAAGAAACUUCUGAAAAAGAUGGCAUAUGACCGGGAAAAGCAUGAGAAACAAGAGAAGACUCCUAAUGAUACUGAUGUUCCUCAGGGAGUGAUACGGGUGCAAGCGCCUCAUCUUUCCAAAGUUUCCAUGGCAAUACAGCUGACAGAAGAACUGAAAGCCGGUGAUAUAGUAGCCAGGUUUCUCAGCCAGAAAAGUGGAAAUGUCCAAACACUCAAGAAAGAAGAGGUCUUUCUUUAUGAAAUAGGAGGAAAUAUUGGAGAACGCUGCCUUGAUGAUGAUACCUACAUGAAGGACCUGUACCAGCUCAACCCAAAUGCUGAGUGGGUUAUAAAACCUAAGCAGAGCUAAGAUCACAACUAAUGGCAGAACCUCCAACCUGUGGACUUCUGUUGUACGGCUGAAUGUUUCAAAAGGAUUGUGUGUCCUUUCAACAUUCAACCAUUAUGUAUAUUAAUAGAACUUUAUCCAGGUUAAAAAAAAAACAAGCGAUGGUGACCCAACAGUUAUAACCAGGAAACUUUCAGUUUUACUUGCAGCAAAAUUUUGGAGAUAGUUUUCCCACUCGUGUUUGAAAAGAGCAUA